CUAUUGCAGGAAAUAUCAUACCAGCCAUAGCCACUGCCAAUGCCAUGAUUGCGGGCUUGGUAGUUCUGCAUGCCUUCAGAGUGAUCAUUCAGGAGUUCGAGAAAUGUCCAUCCAUUUACCUCAGAAAAAAAUCGAUUCAUUCCAAGUUUGUGCUGGCAUCAGACAAACAAAUUUCUAAGGCUAACCCCACUUGUUAUGUAUGUAGUCCUAAACCAUUUGUGAAUGUUUUUGUUAAUGUGGAAGUCAUGACUGUUAAGGAAUUUGAAACAGAAGUUCUGAAGAAACAUUUGAAUAUGGUAGCACCUGAUGCAGUAUUGGAUGGAAAAGGGAUGGUUGUCAUUUCUUCUGAAGAGGGAGAGACUGAGGCUAAUGAUAACAAAAAAUUAAAUGAAAUUGGGAUAGUUGACGGAAGCAUUCUGAAAUGUGAUGAUUUCUUGCAAAAUUACGAACUAACAGUUGCAAUAAAUCAUUACGAGGCAAAGAAUAAAGAGGAUCCCUCCUUCAAAGUAGUAGCUAAUCCAGAAGAUCUGAAAGCCAAAGAGCCAUUAAACGCAGUAGAAUCUGAGACCAAAAAUGGAGUAGAGGCGAAGGACGUAGACAGUGAUGAUGAUUUGAUGAUAAUGGAUGACGAUCAGGAAGAUCCUCCAGAAGAAGACCCCCAGGAAGGGUCGUCUAAGAGAAGGAAACUCAACCCUCCAGAAGAUGAAGUGGAUGAAGACUUGUGUAUCAUAGAAUCCUAAGGAAUCUGGCUAUUUUUUUAUUUUGUAAUAAUAUAUUUUGUGGUAAUUCA